UCCGGGGACAAGGGGACAUUUUUUUGGGGGGGGGAGAGCUGUGGGAACGCUCUGGGGACACCGUGGGACCUGUCCCCUCCCGCAGUGGACGACGUCCAGGUCUCGUGUUACCGCAUCCUGUGCAGCAUUUACUCCCUGGGCACCACGCGGAACCCCUACGUGGAGAGGCAGCGCCCGGCGCUGGGGGAGUGCCUGGCCCGGCUGGCGGCCGCCAUGCCCGUCGCCUUCCUGGAGCCGCGGCUCAACGAGUUCAACCCCUGCUCCGUCUACAGCACCAAGUCGCCCCGCGAGCGCGCCAUCUUGGGUCUGCCGAGCCGCGUGGAGGAGAUGUGCCCGGACAUCCCGGACCUGGAGCGGCUGAUGCGGGACAUCGGGGGCCUGGCGGAGUCGGGCGCUCGCUACACGGAGAUGCCCCACGUCAUCGAGGUGACGCUGCCCAUGCUCUGCAAUUACCUGCCCCGCUGGUGGGAGCGCGGCCCCGACACCGCCCCCCAGGGCCCGUGGGCCACGGCCGUCACCGGGCAGCACCUGAACGCGCUGCUGGGCAACAUCCUGCGCAUCGUGGUCAACAACCUGGGCAUCGACGAGGCCACGUGGAUGAAGCGGCUGGCAGUGUUCGCGCAGCCCAUCGUCAGCAAGGCGAAGCCGGAGCUGCUGCGCACCCACUUCAUCCCCACCAUGGAGAAGCUGAAGAAGCGCGCGGGGAAGGUGGUGUCGGAGGAGGAGCAGCUGCGCAUGGAGGCGAAGGCGGAGGCCGAGGACGCGGAGCUGCUGAUCCGCGACGAGUUCUCCGUGCUCUGCCGCGACCUCUACGCGCUCUACCCACUGCUCAUCCGCUACGUCGACAACAGCCGGUGAGGGACGGGGCCACCGGGGACGU